AUGAAUAAUCUACUUCUCCGAGGUCAUACCUGCCUACACUGCAGGAAGCUCAACCUCUGCGAAGCACCAGAAAACGUUUUCAUAGAUACAGACUUGGACUCGAACUUCUGGAGGUACGCCAAGCCCUCCCCUACUCGCAGGAGAUUCACUGGUGUGCGUCUUGAUGAUCUGCAAGAAGGUGCGCGCAAUGGCUGCAGCCUGGGGAAGUAUCUCUCUUCACAGUUUGGAGAAGGAUACCCAGAAACAUUGAGCCCGCAUGAUUUGAAACUGUACACUGAUGGUUGGCGUUUUCAUGGUCUGAUACCUCUGGAGAAGACUCUCUCAAGUGGCCAAAAGCUUGAAUUCCCAAUCGAAGACCAAUAUGUUCAUGCUCCAUCACAUAAAGGAAAGGUUUAUGCAGAGUUCCUCUCGUACAACAUCACGACAGAUCAAGAGGUCGAAUGGACGGGACGACAAAACCUUUUGACCCGAAAGCCGAUAGUUGCAGAUCCCCUGUCAGACAUCACCGCCGCGGCUAUUCGAGAUUGGAAAGUCAGAUGCGACAUCAGCCAAUAUGAAGCCCAUAUAAUCUGCUCUAAGCCAAGUCCAAGUUUCCUCCCCACUCGACUGAUCGAGAUUCUCAGAAUUGGCAACGAUCAAAAGCCUUGCGUGAGGCUCGUGGAAGGCAAUUCCCUAGGCGAAGACACCGAGUACACAGCUCUAAGCUAUUGCUGGGGUGGCGACUUGAAGAAUUGCUUAAAGGAAGGUAACAAAGACUCGUACAGGACCGAAAUCCCUUGGGAUACGAUUCCUAGGACAAUUCAAGAUGCCAUUCUGACCUCGCACAAGCUUGGAAUUGGAUUCAUCUGGGUCGACUCACUCUGCAUCAUUCAAGACAGCAAAGGAGCCGAUAAAGAGAUUGAGAUUGGCCAGAUGACCCAAGUCUAUACUCAUGCAGCUUUCACCAUUGCAGCCAGAAGGGCUUCCGACGCUCAUACUGGUUUUCUUCACCAGAGGUCAGUUCCUUCAGGAACAACCAUCGUGAAAUUCCGUGGGGAAGAUGGAGAGACAAGACAAUGCACAUUGACGUUCGAAGCCGCAGAAAGGGAUGAAGACCAAAAUUUCCUGGACACACGGGGCUGGACAUUGCAGGAAUACUUACUGUCUCGCCGACUGGUCAUUAUUGGAACGUGGACAACUACGUGGUCUUGUCGUAAGGAACGCAGGGGAAACUGUGACGGAUGGAGCCUGGAUAGACAAGGAGGUGACCCGUUCCAGUAUAAUGGAACUUGGACUUCGAGUGACAACACAGUCUUGAAAGGCACUGAGUGUCUGGAUGCUAUUGCCUUCUUCGGCACUCAUCCCGAGAGCGACCACCCAAGGCCUGAGGACCAUCUCGUGAUGUGGGAGUGGAAUAGGCUGGCUCAGUUAUACACCGGACGAUACCUAACAAAGCAAACUGAUAGAAUUCUCGCGAUAUCGGGCCUCGCACAGAUUUUCAGCCCCAUGCGCGGAGGGGAAUACGCCGCUGGCUUAUGGGUUAAAGACCUUCCUAAAACACUUCUUUGGGAAAGCCGUUCUGGAGCUUUAUAUCCAAGGCCAAGCGAUCAGGGACCAUCGUGGUCUUGGACGGCUAUUAACAGCACAGUAACAUGGGGUCCUGGCAACGGAAAAGCGGUCUUGUCAGUGGACUCUCUUAAGUGCGAGCUCGAUCAGCCAGAAGCACCAUUUGGGUCCGUCAAAGGCGGUGUUCUUCGUGCCACGGGGCCUGCAUUGGACUUGGAGUGGAAAUGUAGCAGAAGUACAUCGGAUUGGAAGAAUCCUGGCGGGCAUCAUCUGAGAUACUUGACGCCUGGCGGAGGAUAUAUCAACGCCCAUAUCAAGUUUUGUCCCGAUGCAGAAGAGCCUGACUCAGACUGGGCCACGGUAACAUUACUUGCCGUCUUAGUUGAUAACUCCACGACUGGAAUUCUUCUGAGAAAGAAGAAUGACACUGAUUACUCAAGACUGGGUUUCUUUGAUGCGGAUCUACCAGGGGACACAUCUCAUAUUUACUGCCAAUUGCCUGUGGUCAAGGAAUGGGGUAGGAGAACUUUUACUGUUGUAUAG